AUGCAUACUAAUAUAUAAAAAAAAGUUAAAAAAAUUUUUUUUACCCCGACAAAUCUUGCUUGGCGUGUAUGAAUUUCUAUUUAUCAAAAUUCAGAUAAUAUUUAUUUUAUUUAUUUGAAAAGUGUUUGUAAUAUAAAAUUACAAUUAAUGUUUAACAAUUAAAUGCAACGAAAUCGAAUGCUGCAACUAGAGUUAAUAUCUAACGCCUGAUCAUCAUUAUAAAUUUUUGCGCAUUGAAAAAUAUCGCCAAGUAUAUACACAAUAAGGCAAUGACAACUCAUCAGAGAAAAUAUUAGAAUAAUUUCUAGUGACAAAAGAUACUAUGUCCGAAGAUAGUUCAACGUUAUCAAAUGGUCUAGAGAGCAGAGACAAUCGAGGACGAGCACUACGUACUGAAACCACUGGAGCAACAGCUGGAUCACGUUCCACGAGAUACCGGAUAGAAAUAUUACGAGGGCUUAGUAAUAGCUUUAGAUCAGAACCAUCGAGUAGUUAUUCGACAAAUGCGACCUUUGAAGAACCCUCAGACACACACGCUGCAACAAUGUCUUCAGAAGAUGAGCCGACGUUUAAUUCAACGUCAAACGUAACAGAGCAUGAGUCUUCGGGUGAUGUUACUGAUGGAGCAUCGUCACCCAAUCAAACGUCUGCUAGUGCGCCUACAUUAAGUUCUGACGAAGACAAAAGGUAUUGUUGGGUGUGCUUUGCAACUGAUGAAGAUGAUGCAACAGCUUCGUGGGUUAAGCCAUGUCACUGCCGAGGUACUACUAAAUGGGUCCAUCAAGGAUGUAUACAGAGAUGGGUUGAUGAAAAACAGAAAGGUAGAGCUGGGGUUUAUGUUGCGUGUCCGCAAUGUAAUACACAGUAUAUUAUUGUUUAUCCACAUAUGGGUCCUUUAGUCGUAGUGUUGGAUACAAUAGACGGUGUAAUUUUUCGAGUGUGUCCGUUUAUUGCUGCUGGUAUAGUAGUAGGCUCCAUUUAUUGGACUGCUGUGACAUAUGGAGCUGUUACGGUGAUGCAAGUAGUGGGUUAUAAAGACGCUGUAUCUAUUCUUGAGUCGUAUGAUCCUCUAGUACUUUUAGUCGGGUUGCCAACAAUCCCCAUCAUACUUGUCCUUGGUAAAAUGCUGCGAUGGGAAGAUCAAGCCUUGAGGUUACUCAGAAGAUAUGCUUGCAAGGUUCCAGUUCUUAGACAUUUUUUGCCUCAAAGAUUUUUGAUUUUUAGUUAUUCAGAUGAAGAACGAAUUCAAUCGCAAGAUGUACCACCAAUGAGAGAUCCGAUUUGUGCAACGAGAAUUAUUUGUGGUGCUCUUUUACUUCCUACUAUUGCUAGUAUUUGUGGUAAAAUAUUUUUCGAAAGUAUAAAUUCUAAUUUUCAACGUACAAUCCUUGGCGGCGUAGCAUUUAUUACGAUAAAAGGAGCAUUUAAGAUAUAUCACAAGCAACAACAGUAUGUGAGACAAUGUCAAAGACGCAUACUGGAUUAUACGGACAGUAAUGUCGCUAUGUACAGACGACGACAGAAUACUGAAAAUGGUCAGACGUAAAUUUACUAUUUUAAAAAUAUGAUGAAUGAAUAAAUAAAUAAAUAAAAAUAGAAUUCAUGUUAAAUGGAGUUAUAUAUAUUAUGUAUCUAACUGUCAACCUCCGAUGUACGAGUUGCUGUAUUGGUAAUUGGUAGUAUAAAAUAAAUCUUGACAAGACGAAGAUUAUGUAUAUGGACUUGUGGAAAUUUGAAUAUUUCGACUGUAGAAAAAAGAAACAAAGGAUUCGAAGAAAAUCACGCUGUAAAUAAACAUUUUAUAAUUAUUAUCUCCGCAGAAACAGGUUAUAGAUUAAAAAAAAAAAAAAAUAAAUAAACAAAUCACAAUAGUUAAUAUCACAGUUGUAGUUAUCACUGGUAUAGUAGAAUAAAUUCUAUCCCUAUUUGAUAAUUUAUAAAUAUCAAUAUAUAAAUAGUUAAAAUUAUAUUUUUUUUGUAUUGUUUAUUGAUUGUUUUAAUUCUACAUCUCUACAGCAAUUAUUUAUAAUCUUAUAAUAAUACUCUUAUCAAAUGGGAUAAACUUAUUUAAAUUAUCAUAUGUUCAAUUAUAGUUUAUAAAUAAUAAAAAUAGUUGGAACAAAAGAAAAAAACUAAAAUUUAUCAUUUAACGUGUAAAGUUUUAAUUAAGGGUGCUCGGGAUUGCUGAUGUAUAAUUAUUAAUGAAUGUUUGUAAUUUCAACUUUGUUUAUUAAUAAAAUUAUUUAUUUUAUCAUCA